AUGGUAUUCCCAGAGGUGCAAAAGACAAUCAAUACCCUUCAAGCGAAUUGGGUCUGGGUCCCAAACUGGAUUGACUCCUCAUCAGACAACACCGCUGCUCGCCUGGUCUCCUUCACACGUACUGUCAACCUCAAAAGCAAACCCUCCGAAGCUUUGUUACACUUUUCUGCUGAUACGAGGUACAAGCUCAUCGUCAAUGGGCGUAGAGUCGCAGUUGGUCCAUCAAGGAGUCACUCAACAAUAUGGUAUUACGACACCUUAGAUAUUUCCCCUUGGCUCACUGAAGGGGAGAAUAAAGUGGAGUUCCUGGUUAUUAGGUAUUUCGCAGGCUCGAGAGGUGGUAUGCCCUUUGAGAGGACUACUUUCCCGGGAUUCACGUGUAUUGGAAAGGUCGGAGAUGAAGAUCUAGCUUCUGCUAAAGGAUGGACUGCUGUGGUAGAUGAUAGUAGGAAAUAUCCCACGGGAUUGCAGGAUGACGUUUUCCUUCAUAUCAACGAGAGAGUUUCCCCUAUCCCUCUGAACGAAUCAGUAACACCUGUUCCUUAUUCACUCAAAACUUUGAAUGGAGAAUUGGCUCCAUGGCGAUUGCGACCUAGAGAGAUCCCUCUGCCCGAAGGCAGUUCCGUAUCAGCAAACACGAUUAACUCAAUCCAGAGCAAUUCGACGCAAGAUGAGUGGGCAGACUACCUAUCUGGUAAAGGUGUGGUUUCACUCGAAGCGAAUACCAAACAUUCACUCGAUAUUCAAGCGGACGUUCAUUCGACAGCGUUCGUCCGAUGGUCUUUCACCUCGAAGAAAGACACUCAGAUCAAAUUGAAACUUACUUACUCAGAAGGGUAUGAGCUAGAGCCCAGAUUCUAUCCUUGGCUUCGAACAAAGGCAGAUCGUCUCGAUUCCAAGAAUGGUUUCUUGCUUGGACCGUACGAUGAGAUUACCCUUGACAUUCCAGCGGGUCAGGAGGUUACAUAUGAGCCAUUCUGGUUCAGGACUUUCAGACUUAUCCGGUUCCAGGUCGAAGUUGGUGCUGGCCCUGUAGAACUUGUUUCGUUUAAUGCUACCCAGGUAAAUUAUCCUCUGGCUGUCAAGGGCAGCUGGCAAGAAGUCGUAGAUGAGUAUAGUGAGAGGAUAUGGGAUGUCUCGAUUCGAACUUUGAGGAAUUGCAUGUUUGAUGGAUAUUCGGAUUGUCCAUUUUAUGAACAAUUACAGUAUUCAGGAGACAGUCGAUCAGUUGGAUUAUUCCAUUACCUGAUCUCAGGCGAUGACAAACUCAUGCGACAGGCCAUUACCAACUUUGCCGCCUCGAUCACACCUGAAGGUCUAACCCAAUCAAGAUUCCCUUCUCACGUCCCACAGAUCAUCGCUGGCUUUUCGCUAUAUUGGAUUCUGCAGAUCUGCGACCAUCACUUGUUCUUUGGUGAUACACCUUACUCCAAAUCGUUUGUUCCCAAGAUCGAUGGCGUAUUUGAAUUCUUCGAUCAACACAUCGACGAACUAGGCUUGGUAUCCGGUAUCUCCGAAGAUGUUUGGCAAUAUUGCGAUUGGGUUACCACAUGGUCUGCAACGGAUGAUCAUCCCGAUAAAGGUGUACCCACCUCUGGUCGAAAAUCCAAUCGACACACAUAUCUCAGUUUACUCUAUGCCUACGUGCUCAAACAGGCCGCAGGACUAUUACGUCAAGUUGGUCGACCAGGUAAUGCAGCAGAGUACGAAAGCCGUGCCGAAUCGCUUAGAAAGGCAAUCAAGAAACAUUGUUAUGAUGGAGAAUACUUUACGGACUCAACUAGCGAUAUAGCAAAAGGAGAUGAUCUGGCUUAUUCACAACACUGUCAAGUAUUUGCUGUACUUGCUGGAAUAACCACCACGGAAGAAAGUAUCAGAAUACUCAAGGGUUCGUUCAACGAUCCGAAAUUCUCGAAAUGCUCGUACGUGAUGAUAUUCUACGCUCUACGUGCUUUCUCACAGGCAAGUGAUGAAUUGUAUGAAAGCAAUUAUGCGACUGUAUGGAACCCCUGGAAAAGGAUGUUAGAUAAUGGAUUGACGACUUGGGAAGAAGACGAUGUGAGACAAAGAUCGGAUUGUCAUGCGUGGGGAUCAGUACCGAUCUAUGAGUUUUGUACGGAAGUGGCUGGUAUAAAGGUUAUCGCUCCCGGCUGUAGUAAGAUUCUGUUCAAACCUCGACUAAGUCUAUCAGAGGAGUUGGAAGUGAAAGUGGCUUUAGGUAAAGAUAAUCUAGCGCAAAUUUCGUGGAAGAAAGAAAAGGAUGGUAAAGGAAAGACAGUCAAGCUGGUAUUGCAAAGAAAGAUACACGUGAUUAGUCAAUUGCCCGGUGGGAAAGAAGAAGAUCACGGUGAAGUCGCAGAGCUGAGGUUUGUAGUAUGA